AUGACCACUGCUGAUUUACCCGCUCUUUUUGUGGUUGGCGAGCACGCUGUGUCGACGGUAUUCGAGGUACCACCUUCGACAGCGGUUGAUGGGCAAGAUCGGACGGAGGUGGACCAUUCUUCUGGUGGUCCAUCACCGUCGUCGCUUGCCGCCACUAUGGAUAUCGAUGAGCUUGAGGCAUCGGUGCCUCCCUCUACCGCCUCUCCGAAUGUCUACAGGACACGUUGUUGCACAGAUGGCCCCGACACGACUGCGAACAAUUCUCACAUGGCCUCCCCUCUCUCUCCUGGUUUGGAAGCAGUGCUUGCAGCGCAGGACACUGAUUCAAUUUUACCCAUAGACAGUCAGGAUCGUGUCAUGGCUGGUCCGCUGCCGGCCAUUCCACGUAAUGAAUCACCUUCACCGGAUGCCGUGGAAGCGUGGAACGCGGUCGCUGCGGUUCAACGCGAGGCGGAUGAUCAUGCCGCUACGCUUGCGUCCUCUCGUAGGCAAAAAGCACGGGUGAUGCCCGCACCGAGGUUGGGCUGCCCACAACCAGUUGCAUCCGGUGUAAUCGUUGAAGUUGCUAAGUUACUGCAGCCGACAUCACCCUGCGUGCGGCUGACGAGUGAGGAGGUUUCAGAGCGCAAUCGCCAAAAAAAACAGAACGGCAUCGCUAUCGCGACGUGGAGGCGACGGACAUCGUCGACACCAGUACUACCAGCGAAUGGUGAAAAAUUUUCGAUCUGGAUUGAACAAUAUUUCUCUCAGUUGGUAUCACUGAUCACUUCGCUACCGUACCCACUCAUGGAGCUUACACAUGGGGACGAUCAGAGCUGUUUAAAUUUGGUCAAUCCAUUUGCUGCAAUUCUCAGCUUGCGCUGA